CGUAGCCUUCAGCUUCUGUCUGGCUGUGAGAGUUCUUGUGGGUAUUGCGAAAUGUUUAAAACCACACGUUUAUAUAAAAUUAUAAAUAAAAAUGUGCUUAUAACAUGUUCGAGGCUGCAGAAUACGGCCGCCGCAGAGGGACAGAGUUUCCGGCAGCGGGCGUGGCUGCUCGCCAGGGAGCGAUACAAGGAUCAUGAGCACGUUCAUUACAGCUCCGUGUUGGAGACCAAAUUAAAACCCUCUUUCUUGAUUCCUGAGGCACAUCAGCAUUUUCCCGAAGACUGGAUGGAUGACUACGAGUUCUAUCAGGGCGCCAAAGAGGGGGCGAAUAGGCAGGGCACUCCGGAUCCUUCGCUACCUGUCUCAAAGGUUCCAUGCAACGGCUGCGGCGCAAACCUGCACUGCUCAAAUGCCUCUCUGCCCGGCUAUAUACCAAGUGAAAUAUUCAGGGGAAGAACGCAACAGGAACUUCAGACUAUCUCCUGCAAGCGUUGUCACUUUCUGAACCACUACAACAUCGCCCUGGAUGUGGAGGUGGCUCCAUCGACCUAUGUGGACACCAUAUCCCGCAUUCAGGACAAAUUUGCACUGGCUAUCGUGCUAGUGGACCUGCUUGAUUUUCCCUGCUCCAUUUGGCCGGGCAUGCAACAUAUAUUGGGCACGAAGCGACCCGUCUUCCUGGUGGGCAACAAGGUAGAUCUGCUGCCGCGGGACUCCAACAUCUAUCUGCAGCACAUCAAGGAUUCCCUGCAGCGCGAAUUCAUCAAGCAUGGUGGUGGCGAUGGACUGAAUAUUAAGAAUAUCAGUUUAAUAUCCGCCAAAACGGGUUAUGGCAUCGAGGAGCUAAUAACGCAGCUGCAUAAAACGUGGGCCUACAAAGGGGAUGUCUAUCUGCUGGGCUGUACCAAUGUGGGCAAGAGCUCCCUGUUCAACAUCCUGCUUAACUCGGACUACUGCCGGCCGGAGGCCACUGACCUGGUGCGAAAGGCCACCGCCUGUCCCUGGCCGGGAACCACACUCAAACUGCUGCGCUUUCCGAUCUUGCGUCCAUCGAGCGAUCGAGUCUACCAGCGCUUCAAGAGAUUGGUUUCGGAGCGCAGCGCAAGGGCGGCGAUGGAAAAGGAGCGUCGCGCUGUGGCAAGGGAAACGGGAUCAGCUGCAGCUGCUCAACCAGUGGCGUCGGUUGGACGCACCUUCGAUCGGCGCGAGGAUGUCAAUGAUGCCUUUGCCAUGGCCGCUGGCUCAAGGCCGAUUACAACGCUAAACCAUCAGCAUAAGGAGUACAAGCAAGCGCGUUGGGUGUACGACACACCGGGCGUGAUGCAACCCGACCAAAUAUCUCCCCUACUCACCGCCGAGGAGCUGGUAAAGCUGCAGCCCACCACCAUGAUCAGACCCCGCACCUUUCGGCUGCGGCCCCAGAUGAGUAUCCUGCUGGGUGGUCUGGCCAGAUUGGAUCUGUUGGAUAUAACAAGCCCAAGGAAGCAGUAUGACUGGCUGAAAGUGUUUGUAUUUGCCUCAGAGCAUCUUCCCAUCCUGAUAGCAGACUCACAGGCGGCAGAGAGCGUGUACAAAAGAUACGUGGGAUCGCCCUUCCUGGGAGUUCCCUUCGCCAGUGAGGACUUGGAGGCCCGCCUGCGACGUUGGCCCGGAUUGCAGUGCAGGGACGAGGAUAUUGUGCUGGCAAGUGAAGAAAGGAACGAGGGAAGGCUUAACUGUGAUAUUACACUCAGCUCGGCGGGUUGGAUGGGAUUCCUCCUGCCGGGCCACUCGGAGUGUCGUCUGCGUGCUUGGACACCACAUGCGGCAGGAAUUUACAAACGUGAACCCGCUUUAGUGCCCCUGGCCGAUCGGUUGGUGGGCAAGCACAUAAAGUUUUCCCUGGCCUACAACACCACAAAGCCUUUUGUUUUCAAAAAAUAAAGAAUAUAUUGUUUGUAG